GUGUAACUCGGUUGGUUAAUAACAUUCAUUCUUUAAACUAGAGAUUUUGUAUUUGCCCUCCUCCUCCUCUUCCAAAUUAAUAUGGCUUGUAUAGAAGAAAAUAAAAAUAAAUAGACGAAGAAGCACACACUUCACUAAAGGUUUCAAGACACUUGAAGGUCUACCAUAAAUUCAUUGACAAAACGAAGAGUAAUUGAACUCCUUAUUAGAAUGCAAAUUUUGAUAAACUUAUAUGGGACGUCUGAUCCAAAAAGGAAAAAGAAAAAAAGAGAAGAUAAACUUAUAUGGGACAAUUGUUCACGUCCGGACAAGGUUGAACUCGGAAAAUACAUAAGAACGUGAUUGGGUUUGUAUAGAUACAUAUUUAGUUAGGUAGGUUUCUAAAUGCUAAUUGAAUUAAUUAAUGCAAUGACACAAAACAAGACGGCCAAAACCAUAUUAUUUGAUGAAUGACCCUCAAAGGCUCAAACCAUCAUUUUCAAAUCCCAGUCACAUGCUUAGCUCUCAAGGCCAAGAACCCUCUCUCUCUAUUUAAACCUCUCCAUCCCUCUCUCCCCUCUCACACAUCACUUCCUUCCAAAACAUCUAACAUUCCAUUCUCUCUCUCUCUCUCUCCCCCUCCAUUCCCAAAACACCAACUCUCCAAUUUUCACACUCUUUCUAAUUUUGUGCAACAAGUACUCCUGUCUCCCUCACCACAUACCCCAAAUGGUUCACCAAUCAUUUGACCAAGAUAUUGAUUUUUUUGCUAGGAAGUGUAUUUGGGUGAAUGGUCCUGUAAUUGUAGGGGCAGGUCCUUCAGGCCUAGCAGUUGGUGCUGGCCUUAAAGAACAAGGCGUCCCCUUUAUUGUACUAGAAAGAGCCGAUUGCAUUGCUUCUCUUUGGCAAAAACGCACAUAUGAUCGCCUCAAACUUCACCUCCCCAAGCAAUUCUGCCAACUACCCAAUUUCCCAUUCCCUGACGACUUCCCAGAAUACCCCACAAAAGACCAGUUCAUCAACUACCUAGAGUCCUAUGCUCAACACUUUGACAUUAGCCCAAAUUUCAAUGAGACUGUCCAGUCUGCCGAGUAUGAUGAAACCUUUGGUCAUUGGAGGGUCAAGACGAGUAUUUCAACGAGCGACUCAAACCCUUCUUCCUUUGCCGAAGUUGAGUACAUCUGCCGGUGGCUCGUGGUGGCAACUGGAGAGAAUUCGGAGAAAGUAGUGCCGGAAUUCGAAGGCUUGGAAGAGUUUAAAGGGAAUGUCGUACAUGCCUGUGACUACAAGUCCGGCCUCGCUUACCGUGGCAAGCAAGUACUAGUUGUCGGAUGCGGAAAUUCAGGCAUGGAAGUCUCUCUUGAUCUUUGCAAUCACAAUGCAAGUCCUUCAAUGGUGGUUCGAAGUUCGGUUCAUGUCUUGCCAAGGGAGAUUUUUGGAAAGUCAACCUUUGAAUUGGCAGUUUUGUUGAUGAAAUGGCUGCCACUCUGGCUUGCUGACAAGAUAUUGCUGAUGCUGGCAUGGCUACUUUAUGGAAAUCUUGAAAAAUAUGGCCUGAAAAGGCCAUCUUUAGGUCCUUUGGAGCUCAAAAACAUUUCAGGGAAAACUCCAGUGUUGGAUACUGGUGCCUUGAAAAAAGUAAGAUCUGGUAAGAUCAAGGUGGUUCCUGGAAUCUCAAGGUUCUCUCAUGACAGAGUUGAACUUGUUGAUGGACAAAUUCUUGAGAUCGAUUCUGUUGUUUUGGCAACUGGGUAUCGGAGCAAUGUUCCUUCAUGGCUCAAGGAAAAUGAAUUCUUUUCACGAGAAGGAAUUCCUAAGAAUGCAUUUCCAAAUGGGUGGAAAGGGAAUGCAGGACUAUAUGCAGUAGGGUUUACAAGGAGAGGACUAUCUGGAGCCUCAUUGGAUGCCAUUGGUGUGUCACAGGACAUUGCCAAGAGCUGGAAAGAAGAGACCAAGCAGAAGAGAAAAUCUGUUGCAGCUCGCCAUAGGAGAUGCAUUUCACAUUUCUAAAUAUGGAGGACGCAAAAAUGGCAGAGAAAUUGCAAUUGUCCUCUUUUUUUCCUUUUUUUUUUUUUUUCUUUGGAAAACAAAAAUUUAUUUGGUGACUAAUCAACCAAAACUGGUAUCAGUUUGUGUAGAGAAUAAUGUAAAAUACAGAAGUUAGCCCUCUCCUAUAGAAAAAAAACCCCUAACAUAUGAAAAUAAUUGGGCAUAAAAGGAAGAUGUGGCUUAUUCUUUAUUUCCUGUGGAAUAUUGUGUUCAAAUUUAAUAAUAAUCCAUUUCUAGUCAAAUGAAGAGAAUCUCCAUCUCCAUCACCCUCAAUUAUUUUUUUGAUAUUUUAACGGGAAAUGAUCUCC